GGUUCAGGAUCACAAAGGAUCUCCCAGGCCGUGACAACGUGCGCGCUGCCGCACGCGCCGUCGCAGAAGCGGCGCAGCAGCAGCAAGGAACACGGAGCAAAAUGGCGGCGAGCAAAGUGUCCAAAAAGUUACAUUCUAUGGCUAUAGAUUUCCUUUCUAGCCGAAAAAACGCCAACAAUCUUGCAGACAUCAUUUCCCUCAUUGAGAGUAAUGAUUCUAACAUACAACCAUGCCUCCUUGCUUUAGAAGUUAUCUUUAUUGAGGUUCUGAAACGGCGAGACAUGUAUCAAGAGAUACCAGUUACUGAUUUAAGUACUGCUGAUGGCGAAACUCAAUUUAGAGUAUGGCUAAGAGAGUGCUUUGAAGAUGUCUGGAGUAAACUUCUUGCUGUUAUAACAAACAGUCCAAAGAUUUCUGUUCAAACCCAAGCUUUGUCAACUUCAAUGAAAUUAAUUGCUAUGGAAGGACAGAACCCAUUAGAACCGCUCAAAAAAGGAGAACACUAUUUCCCCAGUCAUCGCUUAAGGCUUUUACUUUUAGCUCUCCUUUCAUCUGGCCGUAAUAGCAGUCCACUUCUAGCUCGCCUCCAAGAAUUCUCAACAUAUCCCGAUGUCCUGUAUAAUGUUUGGAGGCAACUGUUUCCUAUUGCAAUUGGUCUCCAACGCAAUGGUCAAAGACCGGAUGAAAAUUUCAUUCGUAACUAUCUGGAUCUUAUUGACAAAUUCCCGCUACCCAAACCUGGCAGGGGUGAAAGAGGAGAAGAUCAUGACCUAACAGACACCCUGCUCUGUGGACAACAAGGUCACAUUGGCUACAUUUUAAAUAUGGAUCACUUGCGAAAGUCAGUAAACAAAGUUUGGGGAUGUGUAAUGCAUUGGAAUCAUACCCCAGCAACCCAGCGUCUGCUUCUUGUGGUCCUUUUGGAACGUGUUCUACCAUUCCUAGAUAAACCUCUACUUCUUACUGACUACUUGAUGGAUAGUUUAGACUCUGGUGGUGCUGUAAGCCUCCUCGCAUUGCAGGGAAUUUUCACUCUCAUUCAAAACCAUAACCUGGAAUACCCCAAUAUCUUCAGUAAACUGUAUUCAAUGUUUGAACCAGAAAUCUUCCAUACAAAGUUUAAAGCACGAUUGUUUUAUUUAUCAGAUAUGUUCCUAAGCUCAUCGCACCUGCCAGAAAAUAUUGUUGCAGCAUUUGCUAAACGCUUAGCCCGUUUAUCUUUAGUGGCUCCGCCUGAGGACAUUCACAUUAUUCUUAUGUUCAUUGGAAAUCUCAUUUUACGCCAUCCUGGUCUUAAACUUCUCAUAAAUAAUCCAAAUGGCGACAAUGUUCCAGAUGACCCCUUUGUCAUGGAAGAAAGGGAUCCGAGCAAAAGUAGAGCUAUGGAAAGUUCAUUAUGGGAACUACAUACCCUUCAAAGUCAUGUUUUACCUGGAGUGGGAACAGCGGCCAACUUCAUUUACAACCCUCUCCCUUCUGUAGAGUGGGAUCUGAGCCAAAUACUGGAAGAGAGCUCUGAUGAUAUAUUUGAAAGGGAAAUGAAGAAGAAACUAAAAGAGAUUGCUCUAACCUUUGAUCGUCCACAAACAUUGUCACUGCCACAACAUGAACGAGUAUCACAGUUUUGGCAGCUUGUUUAAACACCAUGUUCUUGCUUUGAUUUUGCUGCUGCCUUACUGUUGUUUCAAUUUAUUGGAGGUUGAUAUUUUACAUUCUGAUUUGUAUUCUGUGAAACCCCAUUUCAAAAAAAAUUGCUGUAACAGAAUUUUGACAUAUUUUGAGAUUAUGUCAUCAGGAUUCGUAGUGAGAGGGUUUCACUGUAUUAAAAUAGUUUUCAAGUGUUGAUGUGUUAAAACAAAAAGUUUGAGAGUUGUUUGUUUUUCUUUCACAAGCACAGUUUAUGGAGUCUUUUGUUCUUUUAAAGUAAUUUAUUUCAUGCCAUGUGAAUGGGGGAAUGAACACACUUCUCCCUCUUAAGUCUGAUCGCAUAUGAUAGCCAAUCCCAGUAAAUACUUCAUUACUUAGUUUGUUAAAACCAACUACAACAUUUUUCCUUGAUUAUUGCAUUAUUAAUUGGAAACUUGAGUUUUAAGGUGCCAUAGGGUAUGAAUACUCAAUGUUAAACCACCAAAGCCUUUCUGUAAAUAUUGUUACAUGCAACAAGUAGUGUAGGUACAAAGUAGUGCUGUGUGGUAUCAGCAAGUGUUAGCACUGUUUCUCACACUCAAUCCUCUUGUUUUUUAAUCUUUUAUAUUAUUAUCUGAAUACUUCAAACUCAUCAUACAGUCAAUGGUACUUCAUGUGCCAUGAUUCAAGAGAACUGUAUUCUACACAGGUGUUUCAUAAUCAUCUUGAACGUAAGAUAAAUCUGUCUUUAAUAAUGAGUUUAAUUUGGUUGAAGGGAUUUGAUCUUUCUUUUCUGUAAUCCUAUCAUUUGUUGUCAACAGGUUAAUUAUGAUAGAUCUGGGGCUGCCCCUAGAAUUGAAAACAGUGCAUUUGCAAUUCGUGUUCCUGGGGUGUGUCAAAAAAUAAAUUGAAGAUUGUAACCAUUGGAAACUUGUAACAAGUUUUAUGUAGGAUUGUGCUUUAAUUGGUUAUUUGUGGACCGAACCCAUGUUUGAUUGUGAGUUUAGUUGUUGCAUUUGCAGAAGAGAAUGAUCAAAAUCAUUCUUGUGCAACAAAUAAUUCUUUGUCUGUGAUUUUUAUCAGUUAAGGGUUAUAACUUGUUCAUAAUUUUAAUUUUGUGUUUAAACUUUCAAAAUUAAGAUUUGUGGAGCUCAAUUUGUAGACUUGCAGUUGCUGCUAAAACCCCAUUUCUUAAUUAUUUGUUUUUAAGAUUUUCUUUUGUAGUACAGUAAUUUGAAUUGUUCACCUUGAUUGAGCAUCCACCCAAGGCACAUAGUGUUGCAAAUUUACUUAAACAUUAACUUUUGACGUGACCCUUUUGUUUCAUAUUGCCAUGUGAGGUAUGGCACCAAUCGCUGUGAUAGUUGGUAUGUUGAAAGGGGCAAUACUGCUGUGUGAGACUGAGUGUUUGCCAUGUCAUACAUGGCUGCAUGUGACUGACUUUCUGAGUCAUGUGAGUGCAGGGAUGGUUUGGAUACUGUGGUGAAAGUUUCAGCAACAAGUGCUUUGAAAGCCAGCUAAUUUCCUUUGGCCUUUAAAGCACAUCUUCACAAAUUUUCUACAUCUUGGUUGCUGCUAAAUGAUUGUUGCUGAACCUUUCAUCUUCGUCUUGAACUUGCUGUGUCUUAUUGUUUCCCUCAAGAGUACUAUCAUUCUAUGUAAUAAAGAGUACAUAUGUUUGCAUUUUCCCAAUUCUUGUGUCAUGAUUAGAGCUAAGAUAAACAGUGAGCCUUUA